AUGGCGGAACCGGCGGAACCGCCUUGGAGGAACGGAGAUGGAGCUCACAACCCGGGUGCGGGCAAACCCCCAUAUCCCUCGAUGAAGGAAUUGCAGAAUAUGGCAGCUUGCUUGAACUUGGGUGAAGAUCCUUCGUUGAACGAACUCCUACAUAUCUCCGAAGAUGCCAUCAACAAAGCCAAAACCCUCGCUCAGAGAGGUAAAUACGAUUCUGCCCUCGUUAACUAUCUCCGCGCCUCAGAUAUCACGGUCAACAUGAUCCCUCGCCAUGCCGAUUUUACAUAUAUGAAGCAGAACCACCCAAGGUGGGCAGACCAGUUCUCUAGGUUAAUCACGCUUGUUGAUUCCCAACAUAAAACCAUGGAAGACAUAAAGCGAAAAAUAAUGGCGAGUAACAGCGCUGCAGGACAUUCUCGUUCAACCUCAACUGCACCUGCGGCACCCCUUCGCAUGCCAAGCCCGACCAGCUUUCAAAGACAGUCGUUAACCCCCAGAACCGACCAUCAAAUCUCGCGCGGCCUAGUAGGCAGUAGGCCUGCGGGUGAAGCAGCUGCACAGGAUCCGCUUGCGCAGAGAUUUGCGAAUCUGAGGAACCAGCGGCAAAAUAUUGUGCAAGCUAGCAUCAUAGCAAGCGAGGGGUCAAACGGCUCUACCUACUCAAAUACUCUCAAUGGAAACCCUGCUGCCUAUCGACCACACCCACAGUCACAGGUCAAUCCAAAUCAACUGCACAUGACACCUCCGAAACCUCUUGGCCCUAGAGAGAUGAAUCCGUUAUCUGGCAUUGCUCCAACUAUCCCUCCAAAGGUCCCCAUGCCAGCAGUGGAUGCAUCACUCCCCAGAUAUCCAAGUCCUGCUUACAGCCCUAUAUGGAGCGUUCCUUCGGCUCCCACGCCGAACCCACCGAGGACAUCUGUCGACAGUAUACGUAAUACAGUGUACAAACAGACGCACACAGGAGCUACCAAUUCGAAUAGCAGCAUCAACAUCAGUGCGGAUAAUCCUUAUCGCUCGCAGACCCCCAACGGGACUCGCACCGAGACUGACUCCGGAAAUAGAGCUUCAGAGAUUUAUGUUGGGUCGACUAUCACUGCUAGCAAAUUAGUGGAUUAUCUUCGAAAAUAUGACGUUCUCCUUAUUGAUGUUCGCUCACGGGACCAAUAUGACGCUGGUCAUAUCUACGCCAAGUCCAUUAUAUGCAUUGAACCCGUGGCACUGAAAGAAAACAUAUCCGCAGAGGAACUUGAGGAUCGCCUUAUAAUCUCACCUGAUACCGAACAAUCUCUAUUCUCCAGGCGGAACGAAUUUGACCUGGUUGUUUAUUAUGAUCAAAGCACGACCGAGCCAACCUACCUAAUAGGGUCGCCCGCAGGAAGCGCGGUUCCUCAUUUGCGAGCCCUUUACGAUACUUUAUACGAGUUCAAUCUCUAUAAGCCGUUGAAGGAUGGCCGCCCGCCAGCCCUUUUAGCUGGUGGAUUGGAUGCCUGGAUCAAUUUGGUCGGCCCGCAGUCCCUGGCAACUUCGCAAACAAGUGCGAUACUAAGUUCUGUUCGUGCUCGGAAACCACCACCAAAUUCAGCGCAGCCUCUGAGGAGGAACCCGACAGUGAGCGCCAAUUCAAGUUGGGAGGUUAAAAAGAGACGACUGCGUGAUUAUAAGCCUCUCAAUCCUGAAGAGGAACGGGCUUGGCUUGAAAAGGCUAGGAACGAGGAAAUAGACACAAGCUACGUCACUGAAGAGGGAGACCUGACUGAAGAACCAGACACUAUUGAUGGCUCUACCCCAGAGCCGGCCGCGUCGUUCGUACAUACUUAUGAGGACUUCCUCAGGAGAUUCCCUGAACCCAACGAUAUUCAAGAGUCUAUGGUGAGCGCUGGACGUGCGGUACAGUUCCCAUUGUAUGAUGCUGCAGCUGUUGCGGCGCCAUCUAGGCCACCGCCUGCUAUUCCCAGGCCUAGUUAUAGUGGUGUCACUGAUCGCGGCCAGACCCAACCGCCGCUCGCUCGACAAUCAUCUGCAAAUAAGCAGGCAUUGUACUCGUCACCUAUUGACCGGCUGAGGCUUCCGCGGACUGGCCUUAUCAACUUGGGCUCAACAUGUUACAUGAAUUCAAUAAUACAGAGCCUAAGUGCUACGGUUCAACUCACCAAGUUCUUCGUUGAUAACCGAUUCCAUUCACAGGUUCAGAAGAACUGGAAAGGAUCUCAGGGUGUCCUACCUGGUUUAUUCGCUAAUUUAAUUCGCUCUUUAUGGAAGAACGACGUCGAAGUCAUCCGGCCUACAUCCUUCCGGAAGUUCGUUGGCCGUUUGAAUACCGAGUGGGCUGGAAGCCAACAACAAGACGCAAAGGAAUUCUUUGACGUGUUGGUCGAUUGCUUACAUGAAGAUUUGAAUCUAAACUGGCAGAGAACGCCGUUACGGCCACUAACGUUCGCAGAAGAAAUGCGCCGAGAACAAAUGCCAAUUCACAAAGUGUCAAAUAUCGAAUGGGGCCGAUACUGUCACCGUGAGCUAUCAUACGUAUCGUCCCUUUUUGCUGGGCAACACGCCAGUCGACUCCGUUGCACCACAUGCCGCAAGACAUCAACGACUUACGAAGCAUUUUAUAGCAUUAGUGUCGAAAUCCCCACCACAGGGACAGGUGACAUCUACCAAUGCCUUAACAGCUACUGCCAGGAAGAAAUGCUCAGUGGCGAUGAAGUAUGGAAAUGCCCAUACUGUAAACGUGAACGAGAAGCCGCGAAACAAAUCAUCCUCACUCGGGCUCCUCCAUUUUUGGUGUUUCACUUCAAGAGAUUUUCUGCCUCUAGACGCCAGCAGGCACGUAAGAUCCAUACACCGGUCUCGUUCCCGCUUCGCGGUCUCGACAUGACCCCCUUCAUGAUUCAACAACCUCAACCUUCCCAAUCGUCCCGUCCAGUCUCUCCUCUACCAAAUGCCACCAACGGCGACCCAAAACCACACGCCUCCACCAAACCACAAUCCUCCCUAUCACCUUCCGAACUCGCCACUUCCUCACCAUAUAUCUAUAACGCUUACGCCGUCGUACGACAUUUAGGCUCAACAAUGAACGAAGGACAUUAUAUCUCUUUGGUUAGAGAUGAGCCUCGCAAAUGUUGGCGUAAAUUCGAUGACCAACGAGUAACGGAUUUCCAACCAAGCUCUUCACGGUCGUCCCCUGAUAAUUUGCAUAAUGAGCAGGCAUACUUAGUUUUCUACGAGCGGACUCCAGCUAAUUAA